AUGCAUUUUACUCCAGCAGUAUACACGCCUCUGUUCGAUACUGAUGGCCAAAUUAUUUCACACUGUUUGAGAUCGACCCGAAGCGAGCGUCAGCCGUGCGUACUCAGCCGACACAGAGAACAAUCAAGUUCUUUCAUCGGCCAGCGUUCAGGGUUAGUCGGCUUUCUUUCUCAUCCCAUUUCCUCCUCCUCCUCGUCUUCCUUCUUUUUCUUCUACGCCGCCCUAUAUAAGAGUGUUGGUUCUUCUCGUUCCCAUCCAAUACUCCCGUCUCCCUACACCAUCACACGCCCUCAAUUACCAUCCAUCUCUUUCUUUUUUGAAUUCUUCAUUUUCUUCAAUUCAUUUUUACUAUUUUUCUUAUUUCUGUUUCUUCUUCUGCUCUUUAUCUAUCCACUUAUCUCUCUUGUUUUGUUUUUUAUUCCUCCUCUUAUAUUUUCUUCUUCGUUCCAUUAG